UUGUUAUUUCCCUUAUCAUUAUCAUUAUUGGGGGCAGCAGCAGUGGUUUGUGUUAUACCUUAGUUACUGGACUGUUCCUAUAUCCACCCGUGGGAGUUACACUCUUUCAGUUCUCCUGCCCAUCGCUCCGGAAGCAGGGGAGUGAGCGAACGGCUGCAUGGUACUGAAUUAUCAGCUGGGCUUAAACCAUGACAACCUGUCAGGUGCAGGGGGGCUGCAGGAUGGGGUCCUUCCUCAGAGGCUUCCUCUUGGAAGCUCACUGCUGCAGCAGUCUGUGGGCUCUUGGCUGCACAAGGUCGGGUGAAAUGUCUUCAGUAACACUUUGGAAGGCCCUGCUGUUGUCGAGGCUGUGUUUGCUGAGGGACAGUGAAAUGGAGAUUCAUGAACCACUUUAUCCGAUUAAAAAUGCUUGCUCUUGCCCCCAAGGUAAUCUAUGUGUUUAAAUUUUGCCUAGGAAUGUUUAGGCGCAUCACUCCUGUCUUUGGCACAUGGACAUGGCCUCAAUGUGAAGAUCUCUACAAGCAUGGCCACACUGGGGAGGUUCCUUAUGUGUACAAACCCUUCCCUGCUUGUCUUUCAGAUGGCCAUCUCUUCAUGCAGGCUUGAUGAAGCCCUGGAGAUGAUCAUGUUGGUAUUUAACUUGUCACUGGCUAUUAGCACUGCCAUGCCAUUUAUAAACCUGCAAAGGAGAUGCUGAGUAAGAGCCUCAGAAGGUAUUCAACAAUCCUGUAUUUCUUUGUUUCCAAUGUUCAACCCCCUUAGCACAACAGGAUGGCUGCAGGUUAAAGAUCCCGCGUUACAGAAACUUGAUCUCAGCUGAUGUACAAGCUUGGUGCUGGGAAGGCCCUUUCCUUAAAAGUCCUUUUCUGCAACUCUCUGGUAAUGGGAACUUGAUGGUAUAGACCAACAAACAGCUGCAUGUGCCUGCAUUUCUUGUCACGUUUGGAGCCCUGCAGCAGUUGGGAGGACGUAGGUUGCUCAGCUCCAUUGGCUUGGCCACAUCUCUGUGAGCGUUGCACCGGGCAGUAGAACUGCAGUGGCUGCUACGUCCAGAGUGGGGCUGGAGAGCCAAGGCAGCAGCAGCAGCAUCAUGCUGGGCCAGAAGACAAGCCUGAGCAAGCGCAUCCCUGAGCUGCGUGCCAGCAUAGCCUUGCAAGGUGCUGCCCCGUUGGCUUUGAUGAUGGACUGGGCCAGGUGGGGGCUUUUGGUCCCCGCAUCACCCUGCAUGGUACCAACAGCUCCUCAAUGUCCUGCAGGGCAAGCAAGGAAGUUUUACACCAAGGCACAGGAAGAGAAGUUCAAUCAGAAGCGAGAGCUGCUGCCCCGGCUGCGAGAGGCGGUGCAGGAGGAUAUCCAUGUCCUGGGCCUUGUGCGGAAGCAUGAGCUCACCCUCUCUGAGGCUUGCGGAGCAGAGCAGCCCUUGGGCAGGGCUUUGGGCAGGAAGACGUUGGAGGUGGCCCAGGAGAAGCUGCAGGCUGAAAUCUACGGGCAGGUGAACAGAUGCAACCUGCUGCUGGAGCAGGUGAAGCAGCGGAGCCAGGCCCGGGAGCAGCUGCAGAGGCGGCUGCAGCAGCUGCAGCAGGAUGCCCAGAUGGAGGAGAGGCAGCACCAGGCACAGGCACAGGUGGUUCGGACCCUGCAGAACGGCAUUGCCAAGAUGCAAACCAAAGUCCGUGCUGGGCAGAAGGUGACUGCCCUGUACGUGGUGCUGCGGGAUGCCCUGAGGAAGGAGCUGGCCCACCUGCCUCUGCACCUGGACCUCCUGAGCCAGACGGCCGAGCUGCAGCAUGGGGAGGUGGAAGACAUGGAGCUCAUGGCCUCGCAUGGUCGCAGAGCUGCUCGUGUAGCCAAGGAGCACGUGGCCAGGAUGAAAACCCAGUUGCUGGCAGAGAGAGAGCUGAGGCUCCGCACCCUGGCUGCUCACAAAGUGCCCCCGGACAGAGGCUGGCUCAAGGAACCCAGAGAAAGGCUUCUGAAAGCGCGAGCCAGGCAGGACCUCGCCAGGGACUUGCGGAGCCAGCCCGCACAGGACCCACUGGUGGGUGCCAAAGCGGAGGCCUCCAAGUCCCGGCUGCAGCGGGAGGCCUCGGUGAUGGAGCAGAUGGAGAAGGCCAAGGCUGCGCUGCAGUGCUCCUGCCUCUGGGACAUCCCCUGCAGGCUCCUGGCCCAGCACAAGUCCCAGGUGGAACUCGAGCAGUACCUCACAGGGCGCAAGGAGAAGCAGCAGCAGCUGCAGAAGGCACUGGAGGAGCUGCAGCUGAAGCUGCAGGAGCUGAAGUUUCGCCAGCCCCCAGACCCAACCAGGGGGCUGGAGGAGGAGCUGAGGACGAGGCUGCAGUGGGAAGAGGCUCGGCUGGAGCAGAGGCGAGCCCAGCUGCUGAGGAGCCAGGAGACGCUGCUGGAGUUGGAAACCGGCCUUGACAACCUCUGGGUCCGCCUGCGGGGCAUCCCCGUGCCUGGCCAGGAGCAUCCUGUCAAGGCCAUGGCAGCGGACGAGAAGCUCCAGCAGUGUGAGCAGAAGCUGCAGUACCUGGUGCAGCGGGUGGCUGACCUGCCCCCCCCCAGCCAGGAUCAGGAGACUCUGGGCAAGGUCAGAGAGCUUCUGGAGAAAACCCUCGGGAAUGAUCCAGGGAACCAGAAGGUUUCCUUGGAGGACAUGGCCCUGAGGGUCCAAGAUGACUUGGACUUUGAUGACAGCCACAGUGGCCUCGUCCUCACCAGGGAAGACAUCAAGAAGGAAGGGCUGCGGCUGAGCCAAAGCAAGAAGAAAAGCAAGAGGAGGUAGUGGUUGCUCCCCAGCCCUGGGGAUGCCCCACACCACCCCUUGUACACUUGUGCCUUGCUUUAAU